AUGAUUAUGAUGCUCUCGAAUAUUUCGUUCGUUUUAUCAUUAGUCUUGGCUGUUAUUGGCACUGUUACACUAUUAUCGCAACAACAAUGCUUUAACGACAUAAGCGGAGUGUACUUACGCAGAUACAACGAUAUCGGUGAUGAUUAUGCCCUCGUCGCCUAUUUCCCUAGUGGUGGUGCCUUGACAAUUGAAGCAAAUGAAAAACAGAAUGCUCUACGCUACUAUGGUGAUACCGAUGGUUUUUACAAGUGUAACGAGAUUAAUAAGAAGAACAAACAACUAAAAUUUCGAGGCAUUAGUUAUCAACAGAGAAACUUAAGUGUUAAUGUUAUACAUUCAAGUGUCAAGUGUCAAGGCGCUAUCGAUGAUAGCAGUGAUCGACAAGUACACUGUUCAAAUGGAAUAGCAUACAGUCAAUUGUUUCAUAUUGGACCAAUUGAUGAAAACACAAGACGUUUUCCAGGUCCAAUAGGUGGGAAGACACACCGAAAGUUUGAGUCUAGACGGCUGUAUAAACAUGCAACUCUAGGAGAUGCAGAUAAAUGUUACGGUAAACUAGCUGGUACAUAUAUAAUUCAGUAUGAUGAUAAUACCUUUAGUAUAGUUGCAUUCGAUCCGUUGGGUUAUGUGAUUAGUACUGCAGCGAAUAGUCGAAAUGAAGAUGGGACAUUUAAUCGUGGCACAAGUGUUGGAAAAUGGGAGUGUACAAAGCCGCACACAGCGAGUGGGCAAACAAAUUACUUCACGUAUUUUGCUAAUACUCAAACGGAUGGACAGAAAAUCGUUUCUUCGACAUUCUAUAUGCAGUGUAACUCAGACCACGAAAACUGUUCUGGAGCUCAACAAGAGUUUUACUAUCCACUACAGUAUCAACUUAUGCCGUUCCAAAAAGGUACACUUCUCACUUUUAACGGAGCACCAUCAGCAUUCAAAGCUAGUCGUCUCUAUCAUCAUCCAGGAAUAAAACCGUGUCAUCAUAAAUACAGCGGUGAAUAUGCAAUCGCUUUUAAUCGUACCGAUGCUCCACAACCAUACGCCACAGUUGUUUACAGUCUCUAUCCUAGUGGAACUAUCUAUGCUUCCUUGCCUACUGAAAAUGGCCUCCCUCCUGACGGAAAUGUUCUCGGCGUAUGGGAUUGCAACGACGAAGGCAAAGUAGCCUUGCGUCGUGUUCUUUUUGAUUUGAUCGCAACCGACGAACCUGAACCAUUAGUCACAUCAGGCUUUAUAAAAUUCCACUGUGGAAAACAUGCUGGUGAUAAAUGUACAAAUUUUGCUCAUAUUCAGACUGGUGAAAGAAAAGAAGAUACCGAAGAAGAAUGGCCGAGUGGUAUAGCGUGGAACUCUAAAUAUUAUAAGUUAGACUAUCGCACUGCAUUGCGAGUUCGAAUCUCGAUCCUGUCGUUCCAAUUUUUUGCUUUUUUCUUGCCAGCAAGGCAAGAAAUACAUUUCUUGUAAAGGUGAUAAAGAUGGUAAAAAGAUUGUUUCUUGCAUCAGAGAUGGCAAGAUCUUGGGACAUUGUUGUACCCAAGAACUUUCGCUAGGGUUCAGCCUUUCGAAAAAAAGUGCGACUUAUCAAUCCUGAAUUUAAGAAUGAGACGUUUCUCGAGUUUCUAGAACGUUGCAGUGUUCAUAUCAACUCAUAACCGGUUCUUCAGAUGAACGAAUUUAAUCAAUCCAUGUCCAGAGAUCCAGAUUCGUUCCCAUGCGUGCAUUUCGUUGUCUACGAAGACUAAAUUGGUCAGAUGACGUUUUAAUGACGAUGAAUCUCGGUUUCUCUUUUGAUUAUGAAAUUGUUCUAAUUGUUGUUGUAACUCACUACCAUCGCAUCAACAAUCUCUAUGUGCCUGAUUCAUGUUAUUAUAAACAUUAUAAGACAUUUUAUCAAUUAAUUGUAUAAAUAUUUAUUUAUUUAAAUAAGCAAAUUUAGGUGAAUAGCAAACAAAAUGUUAUUCACAUUGAAGAACACGGGUCCGUAUUCCUUACAGUAUUCGUACUAUACAGAAGAAAAGAGAAUAAAAAAUGUUAUAAUCACUUGUCCGUAUGUCGUACAGUAUUCGUACUAUACAGAAGAAAAGAGGAUAAAAAAUGUGAUCUUCACUUCAAUGAAAACUUGAUAAAACAUAGAAAGCGAAUGGAUGAUGUAAAAGGUCGUAAGGACAGCUUGAAUAAACUCAUUGCUUCAUCGCCUCUUAUGUUUAUGACUACUAGAUUCUCUGAUGCCUUAAGCCAACAUUAUCUAGUCUAUUUGAUAGAUGCCUGCAGAAAUUUUGUGCCCACAAGAAAACCUUGUUUCAGAAACAAAGUCGACAGUUUCGUAGAGCAAUGAAUUCUCUAUCGAAUGAGCUCAAAAUCAAGCUUUAAAAUAACAACUAUAAUAUUUUUUCUGUUACACAAAUAACUCUUAAACUAUUCUACCAUUGUGCCCGUGACUCCCUUAUUUUCUAACUUUACUAGUAAUCCUGUUAUCCUGACACGAUCUAUGAAAUAACGAAGCUUCCAGAACAGUUCUACCAUGGUGUACUUUUCGAAGGAGAAAGUCCGAGCUCGCCGUUCGUAGACUUUGCAUAGUGAGCUACGCUCAAAAUUCGCCUCUAAUAUAGAAGAGACUUCCGUCUUUACAAUGAUACCAGUCAUAGAGCUCCAUCUAUCAUGGUUCGUACACUACAGACAAUCUCCGAUCACCUGCCUAUUGGCCAAACCUGAGCUCAACGUACCUUAAAAACACAUGGCACAUAGGCUAUUGGACACGCUGAUUACUGUGCCAAUAUGUGUUUUGUUGUCCAGAUUAAGGAAACUACAAAAGACCAAUUUUUCACAAAAUACGGUUUUUCCACUGUGACCGUACUAAAUUAAAAGCCUUAUCGCGCCUUCAUUUCUCAACAAAAUUUUCAAAAUAAACUUAGUUUGAAGUGUUUCAUCACAUCGCACAGACAAACGUGUAGAAAACUCAAUGGUACCUUGUAAGAUUUUCCAGAAGACUUCUGAAGAUCUUCAGGGGAAAUCUCAGUAUGAAAACCAGUUUUAAGUCUAAACUGUGUAGCAAGGCAAACUAAGUUUAUUUUGAAAAUUUGAAAAUUUUGUUGAGAAAUGAAGGCGCGAUAAGGCUU